CAAUAAAACCCGCCAGGCAACCGCUUUUUAAAGAUUGCAGAUGAGUUCGGUAGCUUUCUUUAUUCGUUUUCAUAAUUCCUCUGCUUCUCUUCUCUGUAUUUUUUGAAUUAGGGUUUUGCUUCGACGGUUCGAUAAGGAUGGCAGACGAGGGUUUAGUUGGUGGGGUUCACGAUUCCGAGGGAGUUCAGAACAGUGUUGAGAUUGAGAGCCUCGGUCGAUUUGCUGUCGAUGAAUACAACAAGAAACAGAAUGCGUUGCUGGAGUUUGGGAGGGUGGUGGAGGCGAAGGAGCAAUUGGUUGCUGGUACCCUGCACCAUCUGACUCUGGAGGUGACCGAGGCUGGUAUGAAGAAACUCUACGAGGCCAAAGUGUGGGUCAAGCCAUGGUUGAACUUCAAGGAGUUGCAGGAAUUCACGCCAGUUAGUGAUGACCCCAGGUUCACCUCGUCGGAUCUCGGUGCCAAACAAGAUGGCCAUGGACCAGGAUGGCGAACACUGCCAGCACAUGAUCCUGUAGUCCAAGAUGCAGCAGAUCAUGCUGUGAAGACUAUCCAGCAGAGGUCAAACUCGCUGGCCCCAUAUCAACUGCUGGAGGUCCUUCAUGCAAAAGCCGAGGUGAUUGAAGAAGUUGCCAAGCUCAAUUUGCUUCUCAAGGUCCAAAGGGGAAGCAGGGAAGAGAAAUUUAAGGUUGAAUUACAGAAGACUAUUGAAGGUACCUUUCAUUUAAAUCAAAUGGAGCUAGAUCCCUCCUAACUUGGGCAACUAGCCUAGUAUGCUAGUACGUGUGGAUUAACAACCAACUGCUUGUCUACUUUCUGACUCUUUAGAUCUGGGAAACAAAUAACUAUGUACUAGUGCAAUAAUCUUUACAUGUUAUAAAAAUAUAAUAUAUUGGAGAUAAAUAUGAUGCUUUCAUCUUCCUUCCG